GUCAGGACGUGCCACGAUCAGACUGAUUUGCAGAAUAGACCCCAACAACGACGAUUUUAUCUUAUUUUACUUUAAUCUGCUCAUUCAGCUCCUGCUAAACGUGUCUUUGCGAAAAAUAAAUAUAAUAUUUUAAAUAAAAAAAGUAUCUUAAUUAAAUCUAAGUCAAUCAACGGGUAGUUGGUACAAUAAAAACUAUUAAUUAACUAGUUUUUAAGAGGAAAUCUUUCUGUAAAAACGGAAAGAUCUGGUGGUUUAAGUAUUUGCUCGAUGGUGUCAAGUACAAGGACAACACUCGGUUUAUCAUGAUCACGCAAGGACGACAGCAUAAAAAGACAAUUGUCUUGAGGCCACAGCAGCCGAUUUGGUGCUGGAAGACGGCGUUAUUUCUAGCCUCGCUGAUUUACGGAGGAGAUUAUGUUGCUGGACAGGGAAAUAAUUUCAAAUGCCGUGAGGAAGGUUAUCAAGCUGAUCCACGAGACUGUCAUAUUUACUACAGAUGCGUAAGCUGGGGUGGCUCUAGUCCACUGACGACUUUUAGAUUUGAAUGCGGUCCUGGUACUGUAUUUUCCCACUCCAAAGGUGAUAUUUGUGUUCAUCCGAGAGACAGCGAAAGGUCUGAGUGCAGUGAAAUGGGAAACGAUAUCAAUUCUGUUUAUGAACCGCAGCAGCAUCAUGACUCACCGUCUUAUCCGUGGGCUGGUCAAUCCCCGUCGUCAAACCGUCCACAUCAUUCGACGUCUAGUUCAUCGAGACCACAAAAUUAUCCUGGUAGUUCUUCAACGGCAUCGCGACCUCAACAUCAUCCGCAGCAUUAUCCUUCGGGUUCAUCAACACCAUCCCGACCUCAACAUCGGCCGCAGCAUCCUUCUGGUACUUCAACACCAUCCCGACCUCAACAUCGUCCACAACACCCUUCUAGUUCCUCAACACCAUCACGCCCGCAACAUCGUCCGCAGCAACCUUCAACUCCAUCACGGCCGCAGCAUCGUCCGCAGCAGCCUUCAACACCAUCGCGCCCACAAUAUUUACCGCCUCCAACAGAAUCACCCGAUUCAAAUGAAGUGAACCCUGAAGUUCCUAUGCCAAUCAGACCUGGUGACUCAAGUCAUCGACCGACUACUGCAGGUGGCGGUAAGUCGCAGUGUCUAGAGGAGGGAUUUAUGGCGCAUCCGAAGGACUGCAAAAAGUUUGUCAGAUGUGUUAAUGAUGGAUUCGGAUCAUACUCGAUGUAUGAAUUUAGCUGCGGGGAAGGAACUGUUUGGGACUCGGCGAUCGAAGGCUGUAAUCAUGCUUGGGCGGUGAAAAGUAGUUGUGAAGGUGGAUCAAGUAGUCAAGGAUCGGGUCCGGGUAAUGGUGACAAUAGUCAAUAUCCAAGUGGUGAUUCAGGAUCUGAUCAUUCUAGUCAGGGUCCUAGUUCUAAUUAUCCUAGUCAAGGGCCUGAUAAUCAAAAUAAAGAACCCGAGCAUCCAGGUCAAGAUUCCAGUUCUCCUGAUCAAGAUAGUGAUAACCCAAAUGAAGGAUUUGAAUCACCCGAUCAAGAUUCAGGUGCUCCUGGCCAAGAAUCUGAUGGUCCAAGUCAAGACCCUGGAUAUCCAGGUCAAGACUCAAGCUCUCCUGAUCAAGAGUCUGAUAAUCCAAAUGAAGAACCCAAACAACCUGAUGAAGAUUCAGCUUAUCCUGAUCAACGACCAUCUUCACCUUAUCCGUUAUAUCCUCCAGGACCCAACCCACCAUCAUCAUCAACACCAACAACUCCAUCACUCCCCUCAGCAUCUACAGUCAGACAACCACUGAGACCACGACCACCCAGCACAGAAGCCAGUCCUACCCAACCAGAACUCCCAGAAGCAGAAGCUCCCAAGCCCUCAGAAACUCCCAGCAAACCAGGAUCCGGAUCCGGUUCUUGUAAUCAAGAAGGAUUUUUCCCAGACCCACAAGAUUGCCAUAAAUUCUUCCGAUGUGUCAAAGCCGACUCAUCAUUUACUAAGUAUGAAUUCGAGUGCGGCGAAGGCACAGCUUGGGAUCCAAGUAUCCAGACAUGUAAUUACGAGUAUGCAGUCUCCGAGUGCGGUAAAAAUACCGGCAGUCCGAGUGGGCAGACGACACCCUCCAGUGAUGAAAGUCAAACAAGUUCUAAAGAACCUGAUACGGAUCAGAGUUCGUCUCCACCACCUGUCGAAUCAUCUACUGAAGAAGAUAAGCAAACUUCCGCUCCGAGUUCAACAGACUCCAGUGACAACGGUGAUGCUGAUCCCAACGUAACUCCUAGCACUAGUACAAGUACUAGUCCUAGUUCGAGUUCUAGUCCCGAUGAUAAUACAGAAACCUCACUUAGCACCAGUACUGAAGAACCGAGUUCACCAACAGAACCUAGUGUCUCUUCAACUGAACCCGACACUUCUGAUCCAUCAUCAUCACCACCAACUGCUCCAACUAGCAAAGAGCCCACUACCGAACCAUCGACAGCUGAUUUAAAACCAACAACUCAACAAGCCACGCCUUCAACAUCAACAUCUGCAGGGACUUCUUCUAAGCCAAGUGGAGCUGGAAUGUCAAGCUGUCAAGAGGAAGGAUUUUUCCCCAACCCUUCAGACUGUCGUAAAUUCUAUCGAUGUGUCAAGGGCGAUAAUGGGUACAUAAAAUACGACUUUGACUGCGCCCCAGGCACUGCGUGGGAGCAAUCGCUUUUAACAUGUAAUUACAUUCAUUUAGUUGCGUCCUGUGGCUCCGAAGCGAAUCAAGUAUCAAGUCCAGAAGAAGAUGGUAAUAAAGAUAAAGAUAAACCAGCUGGUGAAUCAACAGAAAAACCUAAAGAUGAAGCCAGUGAUCCAAGUUCUACAACUGAGUCUAGUCCCGUCUCAUCAACAGAAAGCGACAGUAAACCCACUGAAGCAUCACCAUCAACUUCUUCAGGUGAUUCAUCAAACCCAAAUAAAGGAAUUGUUUGUAACAGUGCUGGAUUUUAUGGGCAUCCAACAAAAUGUGAUAAAUUUUACCGUUGCGUCGACAAUGGCAACGGUUUCAAUGUUUAUCACUUUGAUUGUCCACCAGGAACUAUUUACGACCCAAGUCUCAGUCUCUGUAAUUAUCCCGAGUCUGUUUAUCCAGCACGUGAUUGUUCUGGGCAAUCGCCCGCAGCGUCUCCGAGUCCUCCAAGCUCAAGUACAGACAGUUCCCAAGAGCCCCCGACUACUCCAACGAGCGGAGAGACAACCGGAACCACAGAGAGUCCUUCAGAGUCAACGACCGGCACUGGAUCAGAGGAAACGACAACCAGUCCAGCGGAAUCUAGCACCGCAGCUCCCGACGGGUCAACCGAGUCUCCAGACGCCGAAGGAACUACGACAAAUGCCCCAGCAGAAAGUACGGAAGAAGGAGUAACGGGAUCGGAAAUGACAACAGAAGGAUCUCAAGAUCAGACUACCGUAGCAGGUUCUACUCCAGGAAUUACUGAAUCACCUGAGCAAACAACUGCAAUGGAGAUGAGCACUGAAAGUGGGGAAGAAACAACAACACCAGCAGCACCAGAAGAAACUACUGAGCCUGAGAGCACAACGCCUGCUAAAACAGACGUUGAGACAGGAUUUGUUGCUCCUUGUCCCAUUGUUGGAAACUUAACUGAUGAACAAAUUGUUCUUGUAUGUCCUACCGGGUUCCGCAGACAUCCCAAGUACUGUAACAUGUUCUACCAGUGUACUUCUGAAGGCAAUAUGGAGAUAAAGAUCUUGGUUCUCGCUUGUCCGGACAAAACUAUCUUUGAUGAAAAACAAAUACAGUGCGUACCAGAGAGUGAAAGUUCACAAGUUUGUAACACAGAGAUGGCUUCUGCUAGACUUUAUCGACAACUAGAGCAAUCUUCUACAUCGCCCAUAAAAGUUAAACGGGAAAGUUUAUGCCCCGACGAAGGCCACUAUCCAUUCGAACAAGGCUGCAGUAACGCAUUCUACAAAUGUAAAAAAGACUCAAAAAAAUCAUUACAGGGUUAUCUGUACAAGUGUCCGAAAGAUUUCGUAUAUUGGUCAGUAUCCAGAAGAUGCGAACGAAAGAGCAGACUGUCCACGUGCUCGCACAUCAAAAACGAAGACAGCCAGCGGAUAACUUCCGUGGAAAAUCGAUGGGAGCUGCCUAUCGAAGACCACAAUCUCUCCGCGCGAAUGCUUCUCAUUUAAACGAAAAAAUUAAAAUUUCACAUUUUUAAUAAUUUCCUAUUUCAUUUUUAUCAUCACGAAUUCAUGUCGAUAAAUUUUAAUCCAGUAAAUUUAUUUAUAAAUACAAAUAAUAUUUAAUAAUUGAAUCUCCGUACGAUUUUAUUCCCGAGUCAUUUAAUUAUAAAUAACUUGUGAUAAAAAUCGUACGUGACAUUCGGGAAUAAUUUGGUUGGGGUUUUUUUUUAAUUUUAAUAUGAAGUGGUAAUUUAUUGCAAUGACAUACUUUAUUGUUUUUGUAUUCGAGCGUUCUGAUGAAAGAUUAAAUCAAAAUAAUAAUAAUCAAACUUGUAUAUAAUUACGCGAUAUCUUGAAAAUAAAAGUUUUUAUAAUUUUUAUUAAAAUAAUAGCAGAGGUAGAAAAUAUUAAAUUUUAUAUCGAAGGAUUUUCUGUAGAUGGAUUUAAUAUUUAAUGGGGGAGGUAAUGCCGAGUCCUUGAGGAGGACAGUGAUAUCGUUCUAUGGAUGUCUAAUUAUAAAUAUAUAUAUACAUAUAUAUGAUAUGACAACCGCAAUAUAUCAUUGACUGAUCUCGAUGGCUAUCGUAUCUCUAUCUCUAUCUAUUCGCAAAUCAUUUAUUCAAAUAUGGUAAAUUUAAAUAGACAAAUAAAAAUUAAUAAUAAUAAUAAUUAUAAUAAUAAUAUUAAAUAUCAAUUAAAAUGACAAAUAAAAAUUUUCUAUGACCUUGUCAUUGAGUUGAUUAUAAAAAAAAUUUAUAAAUUUAAAUGGAAGUACUUUUAUAAUUUGUAAUGUUUAUCAAAGAAAAUAAAUAAAAAAUAAUUAAAAUCCUUUAACGUAAUUAUAUUUUAAUAUAAUCUCAAUUAAAUUACAUAGUGACAAUAUCUCUUUAUAUAUUAUUAUUUUUAACCAUAUACUUUUUAUAAAAUAAUAAUAACAAUUAAUAAAUUAAUACUUUAUUCGUUAACUUUAAUUGUUAAUUAAAAUAUAUCAAGUGAAAACUACAAUAAUCACUAAAAUAGAUAUGUACAAAUAUAUUAUGCAAAAAAAGUUUUUUACUUGUGUGAAAAGUUGCAAUCGAUAGUUUACAUAAGUUUUUUUUUCGUUUAAAAUAUCAAGAAAAUAAUAUUUUUAAGGCAGUGCUACUUCGUUAAAAUUGAUCCCAAAAUAAUAAGUGAUUAAUUUUUAAUGAUUAAUUAAGUGUUUAAUUUUUUUUUGCGGGAAAAAAUGUGAAGUUAUAAAAUUGAAAAUUUAUCGAAAAACUCGAAAGAAAACUGGAAUUCAGCAGCUAGAAAUUAAUCUUUUUUUUUAGAGAGAUAUUUAAAUUUAUCAGCUUCAUGUACAAGUGCACUGAAGACAUUAAAUAAAUAAUUACGAAUUAAUGGUAUACAAUCGCGAGUAGUAAUAACAUGGGGGUUUAAAACCCACCGUUUAAUACUUUAAUUUAGUACUUACUCAUAUGAUAUAAUUUACACUUAAUCGAUUAUUAUAUGUGUAUAUAUAUGUAUACUUGCUGCAUGUGUUUAUUAUCCAGUCUCGUUUCGAGUCGUUUAUUUAUAAUCUUAUA